AUGUCGAAUGACACCCGUAAUCGCCGUGAUCCCCCGAAACGAAAGAGCCGCGACGGCUCGGAGGAUGCACCGAGAAAGAAGCAGCACCGCAAGGCCGAUAGCCCCGACGAGAUCCAAUUUGAGGACUACGGUAGCGACGGGGAUAUUAAACCAACCCACAACUCCAAGGGAAAACCUGCACGAAAUGAAAACGAAUACCCCUCAGUGAACGAUCUGAAGAGACGGAUCCGAGACGUGAAGCGCCUUCUCAACAAGAAGGACUUGUCCGCAGACGCUCGAGUUCUGCAGGAGCGCGCUCUGUCCGGAUAUGAACAGGAUCUUGUCGAGGAGACGGCGCGAAGGGAGCGGUCGCAGAUGAUCAAGAAGUACCACUUUGUGCGGUUUUUGGACCGCAAGACGGCAACGAAACAGCUGAACCGACUCCUUCGUCGUGAGAAAGAGCAGAACCUUGAUUCCAAGCAACAAGCCCAUCUUGCAAAGAAGAUCCGAAAAGCCCGCGUGAACCUCAACUACACGAUCUACUACCCUCUCACGGAAAAGUACAUUUCACUCUACCCCAAGUCGCAAGGGAAGCCUUCGGACAACCCCAUCGCAAAAUCCGAGCCCGAGCCCGAGCCGGGAUCUCGGCAGGAAGGGAAGCAAUCUGACGCUGCUAAGCCCCCUCUCUGGUCAACUGUCGCCAAAUGCAUGGAAGAAGGGACGCUAGAUCUUUUGCGUGAAGGAAAAAAGAAUAUUGACGCCAAUGGAGAAGUAAUUCCGGUCUCAAGUGCAGCAACAGUGACCAGUACUGAGAAGAAGAGUACGAAGAAAGCAGGGUCGAAAGACCACAAGGAUAAACACGUGGCUGUUGAGAAGAGAAAAAAACAUGGCAAACCGACAUCGAAAGAAAAAGCACGAGGAAGAGAGCAGACGCAUAAAAUACCCCAGCCGGCUGAAGCGGAGGAAGAGAGCGACGGCGGGUUUUUCGAGUAG